AUGACAGAUAUGUCAACAUCAGAGAACACAACAACUGCUAUCGUUCAUGAAGCCAUUAAUGAAGAAUACGAAUACAUACAAUAUAACAAACAAUUGAGACUCAUUCGUUCGGUCAAAGAUGACAUAUACCAAAUGCAAAGUAUAAUGAACGCUCUUCGUUCUACAAAGCAAGCAUAUCAUUGGUUUGAAAACCAACAGACAAAAGAACUUUUAGAAGAAUUUCCUCAUAUGAUUGCUUCCCUCGGAAAACCGAGGGAAGAGAUUCCGUAUGAAAAUCGCAAGAGGUUAGAAAUGAGGUUAGAUCUACCCUUCUACCCUAAAAUAUAUUUUGGGUCAUUUACACUCAUUACGAUGAAGAAGUCUUGA